ACGCCAAUAUGCCCCAACAUGCGAGGACAGGCGUGACUGUCGCCUUGACCGCCGCCUUCUUGGCCUUGACCACUCUUUUCGCCGCCAUCUAUGCUUUCGGUCUUCCAGAACUUGAUUACUGGCACUGGAGAGCAACUCUGAAUCCCUUCAGAAAUCUUCCUUCCACCCAAAAUGUCCUUGAUGCAUUCCCCAAACCCUCGGCCGAGGAUAACUACCUCGUCGGCGUCGGCAAGGCUGAUAUCACUGGUCCCGUCGUAGAAAUCAACCUUAUGGGCUAUGCAGACCCGAAACAACUCGGCUCUGGUGUGAGACAGCGCCUUUACUCUCGUGCUUUCAUUGUUGGCGAUACAGCCAGUCCUGGUGACCGUAUUGUCUAUCUUGUCCUGGAUACCCAAUCCGGUGAUACUGCUGUACGCAACGGUAUCUUGGAGGGUCUGAGAGACCUUGGUCCCGAAUACGAUCAACUCUAUGGUGGUCAAAAUGUUGCUGUCACUGGAACUCAUUCUCACUCUGGUCCUGGAGCUUGGUUGAACUAUUUGUUGCCUCAGAUUACUAGUCGGGGAUUCAGCCAUCAAAGCUACAAGGCCAUUGUGGACGGUGCUCUGGAGUCCAUCAAAUUGGCACACGAAUCGCUCAGUCUAGGUCAACUUUCAAUUGGCUCGGUCGACAUUGAAGAUGCAAACAUUAAUCGCAGUCCCUAUGCCUACUUAGCCAAUCCGGAAGAAGAGCGCAACAAGUACGAACACAAUGUCGACAAGACAUUGACUCUGCUCAAGCUGCGUAGAAAUAGUGACAACAAGGACAUCGGCGUGUUGACCUGGUUCCCUGUACACGGAACGUCGAUGCUGGGAAACAACACUCUGAUCACUGGCGACAACAAAGGCGUUGCUGCUUACCUUUUCGAGAAGCAUGCUGCUCAACUGGACUCGGCUGCCGAUGAUUUUGUUGCCGGCUUCUCGCAGGCGAAUGUCGGAGAUACGUCACCAAACGUCAAUGGAGCUUACUGCGAGUUCGGCCCUGAUGAGGGCAAGCAAUGUGACUUCAAGACAAGUUUGUGUGCCGGCAAGAACGAGCCAUGUCAUGCGCGGGGUCCUCAUUGGGGACUGAACGAUGCAGGUACAGCAUCUGCUUGGGAGAUCGGUCGCCGACAGUACCUCGGUGCUCGCUCGGUGUACGAGUCAAUGACCACCAAGUCCACUUUCAUUCCUGUCCAAGGCAACGUUGUUCGCUCCCUGCACACUUUCGUUGACAUGUCGAACCAGACCGUCACCUUGAGUAACGGCUCUACUGCCCAUACUUGUCCUGCCGCAAUGGGUUACUCGUUUGCUGCAGGUACUACCGACGGCCCUGGUGCAUUCGACUUCAAGCAGAACAAUCCUGGCGAUCCUAACGCAAGCCCGGUAUGGAAUGUUGUUCGUAAUAGCUUGCACUCCCCUGGUCCAGAGCAAGUUGCUUGCCAGGCACCGAAGCCGAUCCUCCUCGAUGUAGGCGAGACUGAGAAGCCCUACCUCUGGACGCCAAACGUCGUGGACAUACAACUCUUGCGCAUCGGCCAAUUGCUCAUCAUCGUAGCACCAGGAGAAGCUACAACCAUGUCAGGGAGACGCUGGAAGGGUGCACUCCAAAGCCAUGCUCUAGCCGCCUGGGCCGAAGAAGAUAACGAAGCAGAACCCAUCGUCGUACUCGGUGGUCCAGCAAACACAUACGCCCACUACAUCGCGACCGAGGAAGAAUACGGCAUCCAACGCUACGAAGGUGCAUCAACACUCUACGGUCCUCACACGCUAGCCGCAUACAUAAACCUCACCCUUACGCGUCUUCCCUACCUCUCGCGCUCCUCAAUCUCAAAUUCACCUCUACUCCCCCCCUCACAUCCUACCCUACCCAUCCUAUUACCCGGUCCUUCUCCACCCAUCCACACAAACAGCUCUCUAAGCUUCAUCUCCCCCGUCGUCUUUGACCGCCCCCCUCUCUUCAAGUCUUUUGGCGAUUGCAUCAAAACCCCCUCCCCUCGCUACGUCAUCUCCUCCUCUCCCAUCAUUCAAGCUUCCUUCAUAGCAGCAAACCCUCGCAAUAACCUCCGCUUGGGGGCUACAUUCGCAAGUAUCGAGAAAUACUCUAGUCAAGGAACCUGGCAAAAAGUGCGUGACGACCAAGAUUGGAGUCUUGUGUUUGAAUGGGAAAGAACCAGCACAACAGUUGGAACUUCUCAAGUCGUCAUAUCUUGGGAACUAGGUUGGGAGAUUGGGGAUUGGGGAAGGGCGAAUGAGGAUAAGAAGCUAGAGAAGGGGGAUGCUGAGUUGGAGCUAGAGUUGCAGAAAAGAGAGCAUGUUGUAGAGACGUUGAAGGGAAGGUAUAGGAUUAGGUAUUUUGGGGAUAGUAAGGGGAUUGGAGGGGGCAUUACGGGCUUUGAGGGGGUCAGUGGGGAGUUUGAACUUGUUUAGUCUUUUUUCUUGGAGGUGGUGGUUUUGUGUAUGUAGUCUGG